CUAAUUAUAUACUUAAAGCCCAAUGGUGCCUUCGUCCCUCCCUCCUAUAUGACCUGCUUCGUCUGCAUAAAAUUUAUCUGGUUCUAUCAAGGCCCUACACUAUCGGUAGGGAGUUUGCUUGCACCACCUUACGUUAUUUGCAGAGAAUUUGCUUAAACAAUCGGUUUUUAGCUCACAGUCCCGCUGUUUUGCUUGUCCGGAGCUCUUCUUUUAGUUGAUCGGUCAACGACCACCGAACAAGUAUCCAUUUUUUCGAGGCGUCUCAACGGCGAUGAGCGCAGAGAGGGAUAUGGCGGAUUCAUGGAUGGUGAGCAGCCCAAGGCGACUUCUCAGCCUUUCCAAAUCGAAGGGUAGGGCGCAUUUCUCCAUAUCGGACUCCGAGGAGAAGAAGGCUGGUGGAUUCGAGCACGGCACCAAGCCUUCUGAGGUCUACGGCUUCGUCGGUUCUAUCUCCACCGUUGUCGCCACCGUUAUCUUUCUGGCAUGGGCGUAUACUCCUGAACACUGGCUUCAGUAUGUUGGUAUUGCAUACUAUCCUAGCAGAUAUUGGGCAUUGGCAGUACCAACUUAUAUCAUUGUCACCAUCGUUUUGGCAAUGGGAUUCUACCUUGGUUUGAAUUUCAUGAUAACACCUCCACCGUCCUCUUUAAGCACAAUCUUUGAUGAAUACACACGAGAACCAUCUGGGUUCCCGGCCCCGUGCUCGUCAAGCAAGGAACAGCCUAUUCAGCCCAUAUCCGAUAUCCCCAUCUGUGAAAUCAAUGAUAAAAUGUUUGGGUGAAACACUUAUGUUGCGUUAUUUCACUUUCUUCUGGUACUUCCUCGUUAUGACGAUGCAGCAGUUGAGUUUUCUGCGAUUGCUCGGCUGCUUCGGCAGGCUGACCUGAUAACAACUCAGUGCUGAUGACGUCUUCGGAUGCGGCAUAGUUUUCAUUUGGUAUUAUUUGCUUGUUUCAUAUGUGGUAACAAUUAAUAGGCUGCUCUUGUGGCUUGACCUGCAUGUCAAAAUAUCUUUUGCCGUAUUUCA